UGAUCAAUUUUUUAAGCUUAAAAACCCUAGAAUAUUCUCACAGAAAUUAAAAAUUCAAUAAUUACAGUCCUUCAUGUUAUAAUAUCCCGUACUUCACUUCCCCCUCUAUAUAUAAUCCCAUUCCACAAUUUCCCCCAAGAAAUUCCUACAACAUUCUAAUUCAGCUCUCUCUCUGCUCAACUAUGUUUACUUCCACAUCUUCCAGAACGUCCAGUGAGCUUUUCCAGGGUUUUCUUGGAGACUUUUACUCCAGAAGAUUGCUCCUCCACACCCAACUUUACCAAUCCACCAAUCCGGCUGCUCCUCCGCCAGUUGUCGGAACUCCUCAUGAUCCCUCCCAACCCUAUGCCGGCGACAACAGCUUCGACACCAAUGUCAUCAUGGUCCUUUCAGUCCUUCUCUGCGCCUUGAUUUGCUCCCUUGGAUUCAACUCCAUCAUCAGAUGCGCCCUCCGGUGCUCCACUCUAGUCGCCUCGAGAUCCGGUGCCAACGCUUCGGCGAGAUUAGCCAACACAGGAGUGAAGCAGAAGGCCCUCAAGACCUUCACAAUCGUCAACUUUUCCCCGGAUUUGAAGCUUCCAGGAUUGGACACCGAGUGUGUAAUUUGCCUGUCCGAAUUCGCCUCCGGUGACCGCAUCCGCCUCCUCCCGAAAUGCAACCAUGGAUUCCAUGUACGUUGCAUUGACAAGUGGCUCAGCUCUCACUCUUCCUGCCCCACUUGCCGCCACUGCCUACUCGAAACUUGCCAGAAAAUUGUUGCGAGUUCAUCAGAACCUGAGGCGCAGCCUGUACAGGAAACAAUUGUGAGCAUAGCGCCACUAGAACCUGAAGGUUUGAUACGAAAUUAUAGAGAGAUUAGCUAGAAGUAUUUUGGUUAAUUUAUUAUGUCAAUCACAAAAAUUCGCAAGAAUUUGUAGUUUUAGCUGCAAAUUGUAUAGUUUGAUUUGUAAAUUUGUCUCAAUUUUACAUCCAAACCCUUCUUGUAAUUGUGAAAAUUAAGUUAGAUAAACAGUCCUCUUCUCAACA